AUGCUGCGCAGACUUAAGUCACUGGGCACACCAACUGAUGAGUUAAAGGGAAUAUACAUCACCUUCAUCCUGCCCAAACUUAUGUAUGGCUCACCAGUGUGGUCUUCCUCCCUCACCUGCACUCAACACCAACAACUGGAAAAUGUCCAAAAGAGGGCCUGCAGAAUCAUACUUGGCCCUGCCUACACUGACUAUGACCACGCCCUCUCUACCCUCGAUCUCCCCACACUGGCAACCAGACACCAAGCGGCCCUCGUCAAGAUGGGUAGAGGCCUGCUGUGCCCCUCACGGCUACGACAUCUCCUUCCCCCUGACGCGCCCCAGCCAAUCCACGCCAUACGACACACAAACGUGGUCAUGCCACUCAAGGCCCCAAGAACUGACCGUUAUCAUCAUAUGAGAGCGGCACAUCCACCAGUCAGCCAUGAUGCCAUUCACGCUCACACCGCCUUGCCAGUGAAGUUACCUACGUACACCAUCGCUCGUCUUUGCGUCGUCUCUGCACUACUAAAGAAAGUCUUCUCCUCAGCACAAAUUGUGAACUUCCUUGCCACAAAGCCUCUGCAGCGUGAGGACUGGUGGUUGGGAAUGCAGUUCACAUACAGCAGCGCGGCGUCACUAACCCCGUGGAAAGUUUGGAGGAAGUCUUGUCUUUACCAACCAUGGCCAAAAAAACUCAUUCCCUUCCUGGCGCUUGUGUUUUGGAUUAGCCUCAGUAUACAGGGGAUGUUGCGCUGGAACAUUCAGCUACCAGCGUACUACCGUGCUUCGCCACUUAACAGAACCGGCUUAGACUUCAGAACUUUCGUCAGACCGUCGCGGGUAGCCCUUAGGUCGAUGCUUCACCUGAGAGCCAACGUAGACAACAGCACGCCGGAGCAGUUACCUGACGUGGUGGCUCGAGUGUACAACCUUCCUCCACUGUACGGCACUGAGAAACGUCCACAUUUGGCCAGUAAAUGUGGCAGAUAUCCUUCUCUCAUCGACUUGUCCUUCAGUAACAUUUAUUGGCAAGUCUUUCAUUCUAGCAAUGGAACGUUUUAUUUGUACAGCGCCUUCUUCGAUAACCGCACCCUCACUAUGGCAGAACCGUCUGUACGCAUUCUUGGCAUGGCAGACCGAAUCAAACCUGCCAUCAAGGCUCACUGCCAACUGUGGUAUGAAGGCCAGGGUACUCCUAUAGUGGCCGAGGUGGUCGAGUAUCGGUACAUAUGGAUAAGUGGCUGGGGCAACUAUAGGAACGGCAUCCUGCAACCAUACUUGUUGCAGUGCGUCAUUCCUGAAUCACACAGGCACCGAGUCCCGCAGUCAGUCUCACUGGUGGAAGGAAGCUGCGACCGAGCCACCAACAACCUGCGAGUGGUUCACAAUCUUCCACCAGAAGGACAGAAAAGUAACUUUGCUGUGUGUGUGAAGGGUAUGGAUGUUAACGAGGAUAUAAGUUUGAAAAUUGUAGAGUGGCUUGAACUACUUUUCUUAUUGGGAGCUGAUAAAGUCUUCCUCUAUGAUUUGGGAAUACACCCUAACAUUUCGAAGAUAUUAGAACAUUAUGAAUCCAAAGGCAAAGUUGAUGUGAGGAGUUUAACGCUUCCGGGUGAACAACCUACCGCCCGUGGGCUUGUCCGCCGCUUUCUUAAGGCCAAGAUUACACACAAGCGACAGAAUGAGGUAAUCCCAUACAAUGAUUGUUUGUAUAGAAAUAUGAACCUCUACAGAUUCAUUAUACUUAUAGAUAUUGACGAAGUCAUCAUGCCCAGAACAGUCCCAAGCUGGAAGGAGCUGCUGGAACAAGUGGCGCCGCAGGCCAUGUCGGGAGAAGAUCAUCCUUACGUCUCUUACUACGCACGUAAUGUGUAUUUUUUGGAUUCAAUGCAGGACAAGCAUGGGUGGGCGAUGGACGUACCUCGUUUCAUGCACAUGCUACAACACCUGUACCGCGCUUCCAAGUACACGAAACCCACAAGUUACAUCAAAGCUUUUCAUGAUCCUCAGCUGGUACUCACGAUGCACAAUCACUUUCCUUUUUCCUGCUUAACACCCAGUUGCUCCCACUACCGCAUCCCAACAGAAGUGGCUCACCUUCAACAUUACCGUGUGACGUGCGUGGCGGAGCUGAGGAAGAUGUGUCACAACUUCGAGAACCACACUGUUCUGGACGAUGAUAUCCUGAGGUAUAAGGAACCUCUGCUGCGCGGCACCCUCCGGACUCUGCGUCACACCGGGUUCCUGCAAAAAGAACAGGACACGACUGGUCCUUAAUUCCAUGACCAACCUUAGGUCUAGUGAAACCACGUUACAAUUAUUAUGAUAUUGCAGAUUGAGCUCGUGUGUGUGUGUGUGUGUGUGUGUGUGUGUGUGUGUGUGUGUGUGUGUACUAUACUAUACCUAUUUUUUAUGGAGUAUAAUAUUUAUUCAAUUUCAUUGACCAGAAGUUUGAGACAUUUGUUAUCCAUUUUUUGUAAUACAAAUAAAUGCAUCAAUCAUU